UCAUCCCGUGUUUCAUCUUUGUCUACAUAGGAGCUGUGAUUUGUUGCAGCGAGCUGUUUUCACAUCAACGCGAGAUUAUGAUGAGCUCUGCUGGAAAAGAAACGGGCCUAAAUGAAAUUAUAUUUAUGUAGUCUGUUGUUUGGCACAGUGGUCGUGGAUUUGUGUGUGUUUGAACGCCGCCAGUCAAGUGGUUUUUCCGAAGAGCGAGUGACUGCAGGAGGACCACGAAUGCUCGGCUAUGUGUUGUUGUCGGUCUGACAUGAGGAGGGUGAGUGUUUUUGAUGCUUUUCCUUUUUAUUCAAGUCAAACAGUCAGUCAAAUGAGGCCGUUUUCAGGUGGAGCUGGUGUGUGUUUUUUUCAGCUGCAGGGCUAACACCACCAGCUGCAAUUAAUCUACGCUGAUUAAUCGAUUUACUGCGCGAGACGAGCAUUAACAAUCAACUAAAACAGAAAUUUAUCAACUAAAUCAGGUGACAUUACCUGUAGUUUUAACUAGAUCCGUUAAAAUAUUAUUCACGAGCUAAAGUUCAGUUACGCAGAAAGCUUUAAUUGAGCUUUACUUACACUAAAUAGAAAUAUAACACGAUCAUGAACCGCUGCUUCGUAUUUGUGCAUUGAUCCAGUAUCCCCAGAUGUUUCAAAUACAGCUGUAAUCUUAUUUUUACCUCGCUUUAAAGAGAAAAAAUUGGACAUUUUUAUGUCUUUGUCCGUUCAAACUAAAGAAAUGAUAAGCUUUAUUUCACUAGGAGUAUUCACUUGUCUGAAGCUCACAAUAAUAGAAGAUUAAAUACAGUAAAUAGAAUAAAAAUUGAUAAAAUCAGGAGCCAAAACAAUGUAACAGUCAAUAUAGGGCUGGGCGAUAUGGGAAAAAUUUUAUCACAAUAUAUUUUUUUGAUAUCAGUUGAUAUCGAGAUAUAUCACGAUAUAAAUAAUGAAAUUUAAAAGUGCUUGUUGGUAGCAUGUCCUUUGCAAUACGAUAAGCUACUGCAUCUGUGAGGUCUUUGUGUCUCUCCAUUGCGCCAGAGAAAGCGGACAGAAUGGUAGGCUGCACAGGCGCCAUGGGCUCUUUGCUGCAAUCGGGGUUUGUAACCUUUUGCAUUGUGCAUGCUCUGCCGCGUGGCGCUGCUUCAGGUGGUGAAAAAGAUAUGGGGUAUUCCCAGACUUUGCAAGAACAUGUACUCAACAUAAUUUGCAGUGCACUUCACUCUGCUUCAUGUCCGACCUCAAAAAAACAAAAUACCUCCACACCACCAACGUUUUCAUGCCGGUGUUGUCGACAAUGUCGUCAUCUGUUUAACCUUCAUCUGUAUUUCUGUUGGGGGUAGCACUCAUUUUCUUUUUUACUCACCGACAGUGCUGUCAGUUUCACGUGUUAAAGUAUUAUGGUUGCAUGUAGCUGCAGCCUGCUACACAAUUGUUUGCUACUUGGUGCUAAUUCAGCUCAUGAUUGGUCCAGCUCGAAGCGGACCUGGAGCAACUUCCCUUUUCAUUGGCUGUUUGUAUAGUCUACCAAAACAUGGCAUUUUCGAUAAUUAACGUUAUCGUUUUAUCGCCCAGCCCUAGUAGGAGUAUUCACUUGUCUGAAGCUCACAAUAAGAAAAGAUUAGAUACAGUGAAUAGAAUAAAAAUAGAAAAGUACGGAGGACAAACCAAUAUAACAGUCAGGGUUAGUAAAUUUUUUAAAUAUUCUAUUCAAGUUAAAGUACAGUUACAGUAAUGAAAUGUCACUAAAGUAAAAGUACAAACAUUAGUCUGUAAAUCUACUCAAGCAAAAUGCCCUCUAUUGAAAAUGUACUUAACUUGCUCUUAUUGAACAUUCACCUUCAACCUAUCUUGAUUGGUAGGCGAAACUCUCUAUGUUAUGUAGAGACUUACUGUAUGUGACCAACAGCAUACAUGUGUAUGGUGGUUUUGGCUGUAUUUUUGCACCAACAUCAUGACUGACUGUGCAGAGAAGCUUGUUAUUGGGGUCAAAAUUAAGGAUGUAGUUUAUUUUAAUUGGUAAAAACUGCUGCAAAUGCAAAAUUUUCUUGAUACAUUUCCUGAAACAAGAUGCAAAACUUAUUUGUACAUUUGAAGAUUUCAUGUGCCUUGAUGCUUGAUUUUAGAAGUGUAUGAUUUAAGAUCAGUAUUGUAAACAUAACCAUUGAAGAGCUCUUUCAAAACUUCUUUAGUUAGUCGAUGAAGAUGCAAACACCGCUCAGAUCAUCUUCAGUGUACCCAUUUUUGAGGAUUUUUCAGUGGACGUGAAAUUUUUCCCAAAACAGUAACAAGAUUUUUGUUGCAAUAGUUUCCUGUUCUUGGUUACUUAUCAUCACAAUGGCUGUCAUCCAUUCUGCUACAUGACCAGCAUCAGUUCUUGGUUUUCCUUGUCUUCUCAGCCAGAGGGUGGCAAGUCCCUGACACCAUGAGUCCUCCAGCUCUGCCCGUGGUCUUCUGCUGUUGUCACAGGAAAAUCUGGCUACAUUCACCAGCAGGAGGCAAGCCCACCUCUAUUUCCACUCAAUAAUUAUCCACCUCCGCUUGAUGCUAUGGAAGGACAAGCAUAAUGAAUAGAUACACCACCAUCAGACAGCUCGGGGAUGGCACCUACGGCUCCGUCAUCCUCGGCCGUAGUCUGGAGUCGGGGGAGCUCGUUGCCAUAAAAAAGUAAGUAACAUGAAAUGAUUCAGUAUCAAGACAAGCUGCUGUUUGUACCUUUCCACACACUCUGUGUUAGGAAUCAGAUAAAGUAUUUAUAUUAUCACAAUACUUUUGUCCAGAUACACGUUGUUGUUGUUUUUUAUUAACAUCUCACUACUAGCUGAGUAUGUAAUAAGAAAAUAUGAUUUCCUGUCCCACAUUGCAGAAUUUCCUCCAAAGGUGUUGUCUGUCAGCAUCGGUUUUAUAAAUCAAAUAUAGCAAAUGUGAAGCUGUCGGUGUUUAUCCCACUAAAAUAAUGUUUUUAACACUGAACCUGAAUUAUUUAGAACAAUGUGCUGUAACAACGCAUUGUUCUCGUGGGAUUUGAAAGCGUCUUGGCUUCAAAAAGCCUCUUAUUAAUUUUCACAUUAGAGCUUGAUUGUCUCUAAUGGACUCCACCCAUCCGGCACAUUAACUUUUCACUCGCCUCCUCUCAGGCUGGAAGCUGCACAGCCGUAAAACCAGAACAACAAGACUUAAGUGCAGCUUCUCCCCCGGGGAUGUGAUCUCGCAGACUUAAGUCUGUCGUCUUGAUGCACUUAAGUCUUUUAACUGUGUGAUCUAUUUAUUAUAAGCUUUUAGGAAAUUAGUUGAGUAUUUAUUAACUGUUUUUUACUGUUGCUGUGUAAGCUGCUGGACCUCAGUAACGAAUUAUAUUCUUUUGUGUUUUUAACAUGUUUGAUUGACACUAAAUUGAACCUGAAUCUGAAUUUUAAUGUAGCUGAUAACUGAAGUCUUGUUGACCACAGCUGACCUCUGGAGGGGAUUGUAAGAACAGUUCAAAGCAAAUACAAGGAUAUCUGAAGCUUGAAUACCUCUUCUUAGCAGAUAAAGAAGAGACUGAUCUCUGAUUGAAUGUUACUCAUGACAAAUAAUUAGACAUGUUAAUUGUUUUUCAGAAUGAAAAGAAAAUUCUACUCCUGGGAAGAAUGCAUGAACCUCCGUGAAGUCAAGGUGAGUUAUCAGUUUGGUAGCCUGAUUUUACACCAGUUGUCUAGGCUACAUUUAAACGUCUAUUAGACCUCUUUUAGACCAAAAAAGCUCAGUGGGAUUGUCGAUUUUCUCCUGCACAGAAUCUUGACACAUCGAAACACAACCUAGAGAGUGAUAUAGCUCCUCUACAACUGUUGUCAAAAGGGCUUGAACUCACAAAGAAGAAGAAAAUCAGGGUUGAUUAUUUUUAUUUUGCUCAGCUUUAACUCAAGCUACCUGAACAUUUCAGCACUCUGUCUUCUUCGUGUUAGUGUAAGCGCUGCUGCGAAACAGCUGCUCUGUUUUCAUGCAUAUAUUUCUGUCUACUUUGAUGUAAAAUAAUAAGCCUGUGAACAGACAGCUGCUUUGGUUGGAUGUGUUAUAUUUUGGCAUAGAUUAAUACAGACAACGAUCAUUCACUGUGAUUUAACUGUAAUCAAUCAUGUGCAGAGGAAAGAUCCAUUAAGUUAAAUUCACUGUGCUGUUAUUUUACCUCAGUAAUUGUCUGAUAUCACCAACUAGAAUGACGUUACUCUUUUAUUGCUGUGUCAUCUCUGAGCACAUAAACACAAAUAUUCAAACAGACACCGAGCUCACUGAUUUUCACGGACUGGACAGGCUCUUCAGGAGCUCUCGCACAAGUGCUGCUUUGUCUAUUUCUGGAUGCCUUCUGAUUCCUGUCAUGCUUGCUACAUUAAAAAGGCUCCCCCUCCUUUACCUGACUAAAUUUAGCUGCAGGAACACGAAGGUUCCUUUCACACCUGGAUAUGAUGAGCUUUUUAUCUGCUGUAGUGAAAAGCGGUUUUGAAGUCCUGCAGCCUUUUCAGGGAUACUGAGGGGUUUAUUUCUUACAUUUUCUUAGUCACAGUCACGCACAUGGAUGCAAUAAGCUCAGAGAUGAAUAAACAUUUAAAUAUCUCGUAUAAUGUGAAUUUUUAGGCACUCUGUGAAGUUGUUUGACGCAUGCUGUAAUAAUUUUUGAUGCAGUUUUUUGCUCUUUUACCUUUUGAGUGAAUUUUCUUCACUGUGUGUUGUAAUUACUCAACAAUGUUUGGGUCAUUCAGUAACGACCCCUUUAAUAAACUCUGUUGUUUCUUUUUUACAUCGUUUCAUUGUGCCACUGUCCAAAUGUCCUCACAGCUCACAGUCAAACACCAGCUGUAAGAGCAGAAGGUGAUUCUUGUGUGCUGUUGGUUUUGAGCUCCCCGGCCCACACGCUCCCCUCUCCUAGAGCCCUACUGUAAAAACACAUGUAGACCGUGCAGAUCACUAGAAUCAGAGUCCUGCUAGUUUACUUGUAAUUGAGGCAUGUCACAUAGUAAAAUCUCAAAACCCCUUUACAGCUUCUCCCCCUUUACUAAAAUGUAGCAUGGUGAAACCUGAACCAUCCCAGUGCAUGGGAGAACUCGAUACUUCCCCGUCCUGCUUCUUUGUACGACAGAUUUGAAUCUUGUCUGAGUAACAAGUAUAAAACCACCUUUACAGCAUUUACCCCCAAACUACAGCGCUCCCUUUCUGAGCUGUAUACCUAAAAAAUAAUAAAGGGUGUGCUUCUUAGUUUUAGAGCGUGCUUUUGAAUGUGCUGCAGUCACCUGCGUUUAUUUUUCAGCAUGGUUAGAUUGACUGUUUUUAAGCCUUUUUCCUUGUUUAUCCUGUAAUUUUACAUUUUCUGUCUUGAACUCUUUUUCUCUCAGUCUUUAAAGAAACUCAACCACGCUAAUGUGAUCAAACUGAAGGAGGUUAUUCGUGAAAAUGAUCACUUGUACUUCAUAUUUGAGUACAUGAAGGAGAAUUUGUAUCAGCUAAUGAAAGACAGGUAAGAUAACUCGUUAUUUAUUGCACUAUUAAAUCCACUAAUGAUGGUUUCCUAUCUGAAAAGGGUUUUGAUGUGUUUUCUCCGCCCUCCAGGACUGGGUUGUUUCCUGAAUCUGCUGUGAGAAACAUCAUGUUUCAGAUACUACAGGGUCUCGCAUUCAUUCAUAAACAUGGUAUGUUGUUCUGCAGCUGCAGAGGAAUACAUUAAACCCAGAAAACCAAAUGUUUUAUUAAACCUGAGUCACAUUUGUCUCUUUUUCAGGGUUUUUCCACCGAGACAUGAAACCUGAGAACCUCCUGUGCAUGGGCCCAGAGCUGGUGAAAAUAGCCGACUUUGGUCUGGCCAGAGAAAUCCGAUCUCAGCCCCCGUACACAGAUUACGUCUCCACUAGAUGGUGAGCGAACGUGAUGCAUUAAUUCACAAAAGCAUAUUUAUAGUUCAUUUACACUCUUCAUCUUCGAUCCAGGUACAGAGCUCCUGAGGUGCUCCUCAGAUCCACAUCCUACAGUUCACCCAUAGACCAGUGGGCUGUGGGCUGCAUCAUGGCAGAGCUUUACACCCUCAGGCCUCUUUUCCCGGGCUCCAGUGAAGUCGACACCAUAUUCAAGAUCUGCCAAGUGUUGGGGACGCCAAAGAAGGUAACGACUGGACUGGAAAACACUGAACGCCUUUGGACUCGAUUUUUGUUGAUCAGAUUUAUGUUUUUAUUUAUGGAAUAGUGAAUGAACGCAUGAAUGCAAAAACAGAUGAAAAAGAAAACAUGAAGGACUGAUUAUGCUCUGAGCCAGUUUCUCAUUUAUUUCAAUCAAUCAAUCUUUAUUCAGAUUGUGCCAAUUCACAACAGAUGUUAGAGAGACGCUUAAAGGGAUAUUCCGGCUUAAAAUUAAUUUAGGGUCAAACACACUGUAACACCGAGUUAGGUGUGUUUGCUGUGGAUGAUAGAAAGUAAAAAAGUUUGAUAGAAACUUCCAGGUAGCUACUUUUUCUUUUCUUCCACCGCUUUUAAAAUCCUGAUGUUCUUAUUAAAAAUAAAGUUAUGUUCGUGUUUUGUUAAAUUCGCACCCUGCCUCCUCUUUUUUCAGAACGACUGGCCGGAGGGUUAUCACCUGGCAAGUGCUAUGAAUUUCCGCUGGCCCCAGUGUGUCCCCAGUAAUCUGAAGACACUGAUCCCCAAUGCCAGUCCUGAAGCCAUCCACCUGAUGACAGACCUGCUGCAGUGGGACCCCAAGAAGAGACCAGCUUCUGCCCAGGUGAAGACAGAUCCACUCUUGAAUUAUUCCCACACCCCCACACAGCUGAGAACAAAAGUUGAUGUCUGUCUGUUUGUGUUUUCAGGCUCUCAGGUACUCGUACUUCCACGUGGGCCAGGCUCUGGGCACUCCUCAGCAGAUCCUGGAGCAGGGCAGACCCCAGCCGAGCCUCAUGCCGCUGCAGGUUCCUUUACAGCCACAACAGACGCUGCAGCACCAGCCUCUGCUGCUUAAACCUGUGCUGCCUCUGUCCCAGCCUCCACCUCCGAACCAACACUGCCCCCCGUCCAGACCUCUCCAGCAGAUCCAGCCCUCACCUGUACCACCUGCUGCCCAGGCGGCGGCUUACCAACGGCACACGGAGCUGGUGAGGGAGCAGCAACCGAAGCACAUGCUGAAGCAGGAGCAGACUGAGGGGACGUCACAGACUCAUCUACCUUACAUAGUUGACAAGAACCUCCAGUGCAAGGUCAGUCAGAGCUUAAUGGAGUUACUAAAAUGAGUCCUCUUAAAAAAGUCGUUUUUGGAUGUUCAGGUACCUUCAGUGAGUCUUCAUGCAGAUAGUUCUGGUUUUAUUUCAUGACUUAGAUUUUUAGACAAAAUCUCUCUCAUGCUUUGUUAGUCUGAAGCAGAAACAAGUACCUUAGGGAACAGAAAAAGCCAGUCCAAACUUGUUCAUGUGUGUCAGGCGUGUGUGGUUCGAAGCAUUAACAAACACAACGUCAGUGCUUCACUUCAGUUUGGAUUUGUCAAUGCUUUUAUUCACGUCUUCGCUCCUCUGAAUCAAAUCAAACACUGAAGAUAAGCUCAAAAUUUUUAUCUUGAACUCUGACACCAGCAGGGUCAGAAAACUCUUUGCUCUCCUGGAGCUCCUCUCAAGCAAAAGCUCCACCUGCUGUUUGAGUCCAAAAUUACAUUCAUUCAAAAACAGAAACAUAGAAAAAGACAAAAUAAAUCAUCCUCAUAAAAACAGAUUUUGGCUCCAACAAACAGCAUCAAGAUAUAAAGAACUGCUCUGUCUACAAAAACACAAACAGGAGCUUCAAUAAAGAAAUCAGUUUGGAAAUCAUUUUAUGGACUCAGAAGUGUUACACAUAUUCUGUUAAUGAAAUAAUUUUGCUUUAUAUAAAGAAGUGAAACCAGGUGAGGGGGAAAUAUGAACUUCUGCAGCACAUGACUGAAAUUAAAGGGUCUGAGGUUUUUGGACUUGUUUCUCCUUUUUUUUUUUUUUUCAAACUUGAUUUUUACUGAAUUUUUAACCAUGUAUACAUCUUAAUACAACACAUUUCUUUUCCCUUUUCUAUCUGUAUGUGUAUUUUGACAAACAUCCACAGAUAAUGUAGGAUUAAAUCAAAGAGAGAAAUCAUAGUUAUUAUUGCAAAUAAACAAUGUCCACUCCAAAAUACAGAUUUAUAGGCACAAAUUCUAGUCAGAGGCAGGAUGACAGUAUUUUGAUAUGGACAGGAAGUACUUAUACCAAUAACAUAAACUCAUUGCAUCAAUAAAGGUACCAGAAGUUCCCAUCUUUCAAUAAAGGAGGUCCUCCGAAGCCGUAGUAAAAAUGUGGUCUGCUCCAUCUGAUAAUUAUCUCAUACUUUUUGAAUCCAGAUAUUGUAUGAGGGAGGUUCUGGUUUCAACCAUCUGAUGGUUAUAGACUUAUAGACUAUUAUUUCCUAAUUGAAUUCCUUCCAUGUGUUCGAAUCUGUAACCAGAUGUGCUUCAGUGCAUACACUGUACCAAUCCUCCUGAGAAAUGUCUAUGUUGGCCUCCGCCUCCCAUCUUCCCUUUGUUUUUAAAGUUAUUUUGAUCCAUAGAUAAGAGUAUGUUGUAUAUUUUUGGAAUUAUUUUAUUUUCUCCUGCUCCGUCUUGUAAUCCCAUUAGGUAUUUUUCUAGAAGUGUAGGUUUUGUGAAUUUAUCCCAUCCUUUGUAAGUUGUCAGAAAGGUUCUAAGUUGCAAGUAUCUAAAAAAAUUUGCAUGACUUGUACCUGUUUUAUACACAAAGCCCUGAACACUCUCUGUCUGAUAACACAGUGGUCCUCUUUUCUCUACAGUUUUCUUCUUUUUUUUUUCUGAUAUUGCAGCACCAAACACAGUAUUAUCAGAUCUACACGACUUCUCUGAACCUUAAAAUGACUUCAGGUUGUCCUUCAAUGUCCCUGACAGAGAUUUAUAUCUGCAGAAACGCUCAGUUUUUCUUCACAGCCAUGUCAACAACAGUAGCUUGUAACCGAACUCUCCUCUGAUGGGCUUUUUUUCUUUUAGCCAUCGAGACAGGAGUCUGAAAACUCAAACCUGAUGAGCUACCAGCUGAAACCUAAAGGGGGGCGGAGGCGAUGGGGCCACGGCACAGGACAUCUGAAAGGUGAGGACUGGGACGACUACGAAGACACUCAUCUGACAUCCAUCAGUAUUCUUGGGAAGAACAAUUUCACUACGGAGAAGUCGAGGCAGCAGGAGGACACGCUGAGCAGGUGAGGCUGAGAUCUGCUCGCAAAAUACGCAAAAGGCAAGACUCUGCCGUCAUCUAACACAGGAUAUGUCUUUCAGGUACGGAAACGCUCUGGAUUUCAGUCGACCCAAAGUAAAGGAGGACGCACCUUUGAACCUGAACAAGACUUCAGCCUACCAAGAGCCAUCGAGAACCGCCUCGGCUAAACAGCAUUACUUGAGGCAGUCAAGAUAUUUACCUGGUAUUCAAGGAUUUAUCUUUUGGAGAAGUCACAGCGCUGAACCGUGGGAAUCUGCUCGUGUCUACGUGUGCUUUCACAAUCACCGCUCUUCAGUUUCAUUCCACUCUGGUUCACUUUCCAGUUUUUGAUUUGAUGGUUCAGCAGUACGAUCGGCAGAUUUUACAGAAGCAGAUGAGCAAUAGUCAGCAGAUAUUAAGAAGCUGAACGGACGCCGAAUCUCUUCAGACAUGAUCUGUCAGAAGCAAUCACAAUUUAUAACAGAAAAAAUACACAUGCAUGAGGACAGAGCAGUGCAGUGAUUUAACUCAACCAGAGUUUAAAGUUUAAAGGAAUUAUUUCUUUUUUUGUCAAGUUUCUGCAUAAUGAUCAUUAUUCCUCAAAGUUAACCAGGUUUUUCCACAUUUGUGUCAAUUAACCUCUCACUCUCUCCCCUUCAGGAAUCAGCACAAAGAAAAACCUGGCCAUAAACGCCACUAAAGACUUCACUGGCAGCCAUCUUUGGGGAAACAGCAGUAUCCCCUUUGGAGGGACUCUGCCGAGCAGAGGCGCUCACGGUAAAUUUGAAAUGAAAUCUUCCGCUUUUAACUUGAGUUUCAUCUCUGCAGCUUUUUGAUUUUCACUAAAUUUAAAUGAGUGAAUCUGCUCUUGUGUCAAAUAUCAGGUACAAACACGAUCCCAGGAGGAUACAUGCCGUCGUUUUACAAGAAAGAUCACGGGUCUGCCGGUCACAGAGGGCAUCAGGGUCCUUCAGUGGAAUCAACACCAUCAAGUGAGGAUGAGUUUAGAGCUUUCUGUGCGGUUUACAAGGUCCAUACAUAUAAAUAUACCUUUGAUGUUAUGAUGACAAGAGAUGAACGGUCAAACAAGGUCUGAAGACUCUAAAGCCAGGGUUUGUAGAGUCUUGAGAGAAGGUCAUAAAUCUCUGUUUCACUCAGUAGAUCAUUCAUGAUGACGGCACAGCAGAUUUACAGCUUUAGAAAAAUGUGGUGUAUGAUUUAUUAAAGGUACAGUGCAGAAAUGGUCAUCUUUAGCCAUAUCUAGCAGGCAGAUUCCAGACUGAUCCUCUAUCUGUCAGGUUUCUACCAUCAAAAUACAAAUACUUUCACCCACAACAGCUCCUCCUCUCUUCUCCUUCAUCCUUCAUUUAGCCAAAUAGUCAAGGAUUGUUUGCUUUUAGGUGACUGUAGGACAUUCUGGGGACUAAAUUCAAGUCCUGUCUCUGCUGUUAAAUCUCUUUUAUUUGAUAACUCCACAUAACGAAGCUCUUACAAAAGUCAAUGAUUGAUUUAUAAAUCAACAUAACUGCAGCACUUCUCUCUGGCCUCAUUUGCUCUGCUGCUGUGUUGGUGAAGGUCUUCCCCAAGGAGGCGUUUUUUUGAUUGGUUAUUUUUAUUUGGUGAUACCAUUUGAUGCUCACCUGCUUUUGUGUGGGAACAGAGAGCCUCGUUUGAAAACCUGGGGUGAAUAUAAAAGUAAAUUACAAGCUGCUGUAACCAUUUGUUGUUUUCAGAUUAUGCAACAUGGCAGUCCGGUCGAAGGCACAUGAGCACCUCUGCCAGCACAUCGAUGGUCAACAAGAGCACCCCCGGUCUGCUGCCUCGCCCUCCGGCUCAAACCAUCCACGGGCGAACAGACUGGUCUGCCAAAUACGGACACCGCUAGUGCCCCCCCCACGGAGCCGCGACCCGAGCUCCUCAUGACUCUUUCUCCUCCAAAGAGUAGGCCUAGUUGUUUUAUAAAAAUGAAACCUGUACAUACAUCUUACACAGCAAUAAUAUCUCUUUUUGUUACACGUAUUAUGGAUGUUGUGAGUUGUAAAAUAUCAAAGUGUUUGUGUAAAGCUGAAUGCAAUCGGCCAAAAUUUGAGCCGAGAUUUGCUCUGUGGUGUUUUUAUUUUGUAUUUCUGUAACAGAGCUGCCGUCUGGACUCCAGGCAGUGUUUUCAUUUCAGUGAAAAUGCAAGUGGUCGCCACGUUGUACAUUUCUUUUUUUUGCAAGUUAAACAGCCCAAGUUGAUAUAUUAUACUUGGCCUUUGAUUGUGAUGAUUGAAUUGCCAGUUAUUGAGCAUAAUUAAACUUCUGACUGGAUACCAACA